UAAAUGGGGUUUUCAUGUUGAUAUAACCUUUUUCUAAACAUGGUUUGAAUGUUUGUAGCUAACUAGGCUUUCUAAUGGUCAACAGAACUAUCACUGUUAAUUUCCUAAAACAUGGCCUAGUCCUACUUUACAGUGAUUAACAAAUGGUAAUAAGCAGUUUCACAUUUUCUGGAAAUGAACUUGAUAUGUUGGUUUUAUCAGGUAAUACUUUUCUUUUAAUUUUAUAUUUUUCAAGAAGCAUGUACAGUGUCCUUGAUUCAGUAAUUAAUGAUGAAUUUUGGGCGGUUCAUUUGGGAUUCAGAGUAGCAUAAAACAUUCACUUGUUGUGCCUCACUUUUAAUGAUCCUCACUUUAGCAUCUAUUGGAGGAUAGGCGAAAUACAAAUGUAACAAGUAUAUAAAUCAAUAAGGUCUGCAGGGUGUUUUUUUUUUGUAGGCAGGUUAUCCUCCCUACAAAUACAGGCACACAGGAAAGAGAUUCAUUUCCAGGUACACACCCACCACACUUGAUGAAAAGCAGCACGCAACAAUAUUUCUGAUUUGUGACCGCCCACCCGACAAAACCAAAGCUCAUAGGAGAAAAUGGGGUUGAGGUGGAAAGGACCAUGUUAGAGCAUGUGAAUACUUUACUUGAAUCAUUCCCUAAAUCAAUGACAAUGCCUUCCCCCCCUACUUCUUAGGAGCCAAUAUAUAUAUAUUUGGGGGGCAUACUUGUUAACAUACUUCCCUGUGUUUUCUAUCUAUUCUGCUUUUAAAAAGAGGGGUACACGCUACUAUUGUUGUAUAGAAGGAUGGCCAUUAAAUGCAUUCAAUCUGUUGAAUAAGAGAGCAUCAGCUACUAAGCCCCACACUAAUGAUCAUUUUACUACAUCCAACAUGUGGUAAAAUCUUCCUUACCACUUGGCACAGUGAAGUAGAUGUCUUUAUAUGAAGUCCUGAUUAUCCCAACUGUGAGCAUCACAUCUGCCGUUGCAAAUAGAAUAAGCAGUAAUACCCACAGUCCUCCACUUCCGGCCUCUCUCGCAAGAAUGGUUUCAUGAUGACGUUGUUCAGACAUGACACCAAACCAUGAUUUAUUGUGAUACCAGAACCAGUACCAUCCAAGAAACCAUGUUUUUCAAGUAGCCUCCAGGCCAGAAGCAUGGUUUCAAGCUGCUUGGCAAACUACAAUUUGGGGGAAAUAUUCUGGGUUCAAAGAAAAAUUAGUUUGCGAUAUUCCUUCGCGUGUGCCCCCCCCCCUAUUUGGAAUAGCAUCCUGAUAUUGUUGUGGGUAGUAGGAGAUGAUGGAAACCGAAUAAACCCAUGGCUGGUCUGUACAUUUUGAACACAACUUGUCAUUUGCAGUCUAAAUUGCAGUUACAUGUGAAUCAGUCUAGGGCAUCAUCCUGUUCACUGGUUGUCUGUGGAAGAUUCAGACUGCUUGCAUGAACCAAAAACGGUAUUCUCUGAACAGGACAUCAAAGUGUACGGCUGGGGAGUCCGUAGAGCAGGGAUUUAGGUGAGCCUGACUGUUCUUGAAUGCAUCUUUAUCUAGCCCUUCUAUCUCUGUCUCUGUAACCACAAGGGAAGCGCCGUGUGACACAUUGUAAAGAGGAAGGAUACGUUAAAAUGUUUCUGCGUGGACGCCCUGUUACCAUGUUCAUGCCCAAAGAUCAAGUGGAAUCUUACAGUCUGGAAGCAAAAGCAGAACUACCAGCCAAGAGGCUAAAACUGGAAUGGGUCUAUGGCUACAGGGGUCGGGACUGUCGUAAUAACCUGUACCUCCUUCCAACGGGUGAAACCGUGUAUUUCAUUGCGUCUGUUGUUGUGUUGUACAAUGUUGAAGAGCAACUACAGAGGCAUUACACUGCUCACAAUGACGAUGUCAAGUGCCUAGCUGUCCAUCCUGACAGGAUCACCAUAGCAACUGGUCAGGUUGCAGGAACAUCUAAGGAUGGGAAACAACUCCUGCCCCAUGUCCGCAUUUGGGACUCUGUUACUCUGAACACGCUGCAUGUCAUUGGGAUGGGGUUCUUUGACCGGGCUGUCACUUGCAUUGCAUUUUCCAAAUCGAAUGGAGGGAGUAACCUUUGUUCAGUGGAUGACUCCAAUGACCAUGUGCUUUCAGUGUGGGACUGGCAGAGAGAAGAAAAGCUAGCAGACGUCAAGUGCUCUAACGAAGCCGUAUUUGCCGCUGAUUUUCACCCUACAGACACUAAUAUAAUAGUUACUUGUGGGAAAUCGCAUCUUUAUUUUUGGACGCUUGAAGGAAGUUCUCUCAUUAAAAAGCAAGGCUUAUUUGAGAAACAAGAAAAGCCAAAAUUUGUUUUGUGUGUGACGUUUUCUGAAAACGGUGAUACGAUUACUGGAGACUCAAGCGGAAAUAUCUUAGUAUGGGGAAAAGGUACCAACAGAAUAAGCUCUGCAAUUCAAGGAGCUCACGAAGGUGGCAUUUUUGCACUUUGUAUGUUGCGAGACGGAACACUUGUGUCUGGAGGUGGAAAAGACAGAAAGCUAAUAUCUUGGAACGGGAAUUACCAAAAACUUCACAAAACAGAGAUUCCAGAGCAAUUUGGGCCAAUAAGAACAAUAGCAGAAGGGAAAGGUGACGUCGUAUUAAUCGGCACCACUCGAAAUUUUGUUCUACAAGGUUCCCUCUCGGGAGACUUUUCUCCCAUUACCCAGGGUCAUACUGAUGAGCUUUGGGGACUAACAGCUCAUCCUUCCAAACCUCAGUUCUUCACUUGUGGGCAAGACAAACACAUUACACUCUGGGAUUCCAUCAGUCAUCGUCCGAUCUGGAACAAAAUUAUAGAGGAUCCAGCACAGUCUUCUGGUUUCCAUCCUUCGGGGUCCGUGGUUGCAGUAGGAACACUAACUGGAAGGUGGUUUGUGUUUGACACCGAAACAAAAGAUUUGGUCACCGUACAUACAGACGGAAAUGAACAGCUCUCCACAAUGCGUUACUCACCAGAUGGCAACUUCUUGGCAAUAGGUUCUCAUGACAAUUGCAUUUAUAUAUACAGUGUUAAUGACAAUGGGAGGAAAUACAGUAGAAUUGGCAAAUGCUCAGGUCAUUCCAGCUUCAUUACUCACUUGGACUGGUCUGUUAAUUCUCAGUACCUUGUGUCUAAUUCAGGAGACUAUGAAAUCCUAUACUGGGUUCCGUCAGCUUGUAAACAAGUAGUAAGUGUUGAGACCACUAGAGAUAUAGAAUGGGUUACUUACACCUGUACUUUAGGAUUCCAUGUUUUUGGUGUGUGGCCAGAAGGUUCAGAUGGCACAGAUAUCAAUGCUGUCUGCCGCUCGCAGGGGAGGAAACUGUUAUCAACCGGUGAUGACUUUGGCAAAGUGCACCUCUUCUCUUAUCCAUGUUCACAGUUUAGGGCUCCAAGUCAUGUGUAUGGUGGACACAGUAGUCAUGUAACCAACGUUGAUUUUCUAUAUGAAGAUACUCAUCUCAUCUCCACAGGUGGAAAAGAUACCAGUAUUAUGCAGUGGCGAGUCAUUUAGAGUAAACCUUGUACGAACAUACAUGUGUAACCAAGGACUGGCCGUGAACCGAAGUUCUGUACGCACUGUAUAUGUACCAUAAGAGUUAACAAUGGUUGCCGUCUAGCCUAGUCACUGUGAUUUUUAAGUUUAAAAUCCUUACAAACCUCAGGAAAGCUAAGUUCUUGGCUGGCUGCCGUACUUAUUUCAGUAAUUCAUAAAGUAUCACUUUAAAAAAAUAAAAACAGCAACACAUCAUUACUGCUCUUUUUGUUGUACAACAUAUGAAGCAGUACAAGUCUAAAAUGAAGUAUUGACUUGGAUGCUUAUGCAAUAUAUAUGAACAGGACUUUUCUAUUAAAUAGUCAGAAAAAAGCUUAUUGUAAUAUUACAUACAUGUGCUUCACAGUUUCGUUAUUUAUACUUUGUGCUGUCUAGCUGCGUAGUUAGAAUAUCUAUAGUCGGAAAACUGAUGGCAUUCCCGUAGAUGGCAGCAGCAAAGAAUUUGUAUGGAAGGCUUAACCCAGGCUCAACAAGACAGAGUGAACAAGCCACUCAGCAUGGCUGUUCCAUGGUAGUCAUUUUAAUGGGACUUGCGUAAGUUUGUCUUAUGAAAUGAAACAGAUGUUUCACUCAGCAAUGCUUUCUGGGUUUUUUUUUUUUUUGCUCCCAUAGUAAAGAAAUUGUUUAAAUAAUGUGAAUAUUGGAAUAGUCGUUAACUUGCAAUUUUUCCUGGCAUAGCAAAAUAUUAAUAGUUCAAGGGUACAAUCUAGCAAAAUUUGGUUAAGACUUGACUUCCAUAGAAAAACUGGAAUGGGGUUUACUUGUAACCGACUUGAGUCUUAACUGGUUUCAGUGGAACAAGCAUUUGCUAGAUCGUACCAAUAUUUCUUCUUCUUCUUUUUGCAAUCAAGCAAUUUUCACUUGAAUAUCUCAGCAGGGAUUACAGCUUCAGGUAAUCUGUUUUCUAGGUGAAAUCUUCUCACAUAUAUGUUCACAAUUCCUUAUUGAAAAAUAACGAACCAAUAUGGCCACACCUCUGUUAUUCAAUUGAUAGAGUGAACCCUAAUCUGUAUAUUGAUCAGCAUGAAUACAACUACCUUAUACGCGUGUAAAAAAUAAAUAAAUUAGCAAUUCAUAAGAAAUAGUAAAGCAUUCUAAGCUUUACUUGCCUAUUGCUUAUGGAUAUUGUAUAUUCAAAUGUUAAGGUCAAGUAGACAAAAAUAUAAAGGGAUCCUUUGAAGCGUACCACUAACCUGCAGAGGAGAGAUGGGGAAGUAAACACAAAUAACCGCUAAGAAGACCACCUGGACUGCACAAGCAACCCAAGUAUCCUCUUGAGGCUGCAGUGUUUUUAUGAGUAUCAGCAAAGUACCUAACAAUCAGCCAAAAUCUGCUUUCCCGCAAUUUCCACCCUUUCUUCAGGAGAAGCAGAGAGCAAGCUUGUUUCAUCUUCCGACCGAUACAGCCAUUUGGGACAGCAAAAUUGGGGGGGGGGGUGCCCAACACAGCAGUGCAUAAGUUCCACCUGCCCCCCUGUGAGUUUUGCAUGGGCCAACAUUUAUAGUAUGAAAUAAGAUUGUGUUUUGCAAUGAAGUAAGAGUGGGGGGGUGGCAUAAAAUAGUUAAGGCCUUAUUCGUUUUGAUUGUGACACAGACUGAAAAAAUCAUUGUUUACAUUCGGGAAUGUAUCUAAAGACUUUAAAUGAGCAGUGUUGUUGUAAGCAGGCUCUGUAAAGCUCAACAGGAAAGUUUUUUUCUUCUUUUUCUUAUAAAGGAUAGGAACAUGUGAAUUAAUUGAGCUCUGAAGCACAGGUUGUUGAGAGUUAUUUCGAUGAAGAUUUAAUAAGUUUUUGAAGCUUUUUUUAUUACAUCUUCAACCUGCUACAUUGAAAGUGCAGGACACCAAUAAACAUCAUGCAUCAAGCAUAAUUGUUCUGAUUUGUUUAUGUUGCACGACUCAGCAUGGAUUAAAUUCUGCAUUGAAGCUGUGAUAUGCCGCAGCAACAGCAACAACAUUUCCUUUGUGUUUUCAAUUACAAAUUGGGAUAAAAUGUUCUGAAAAUCUCGAUGUCAGAUUUACCAGCAUGGAUUAUAUUUUCUAAUUUCUGUUCAAUCCUUGAUUUUGACAAGCAGCAAGUUUUUUUUAAAAAAAAUAACUUUUAUUUGGUUUUACAUUCAUUCAUAGUAAAAAAGCAACAACAUUCACAAGAUUCUUCCAAAUCUUAGGACUUCCCUCCUCCCCUCCGUGGGUUCUUUAAGUAAUUUUUAAAUCGCAUAUUAUAAAUCCAUGCAGUUUACUGUCCUCCAUUGUAUCCAAAAUCUAUGUAUCAUUGCAAGACUUAUUUAAAACCUGCUAAAGAGUUCAAGUGUUUACAGUGGUCUUUCAAAUAUAAUAUAAAUUUGUCCCAAUCUUUAUUGGAAGUUUUGAUCCUCCUGGUUUCUGAUUUUGCCGGCUAAUCUUGCCAUCUCUGCAUAGUAGUACAAUAGUUUUGUCUGCCAAUCCACCCUGGUAUGUAUCUUACCAUCUUUCCAGCUCUGGGCAAGCAUUCUAGCAGCCGUAGUAGCAUACAUAAACAAUCUUUUGGUAUCUCUGCACCUACAAUUCCUAACAAAAAAGCUUCUGGCUUUUUUAACAAAGGUUAUUGUAAACAUUUUCUUCCGUUCAAUAUAUCAUUUCCCAGAAUUUCUUUAUCACUUUACAAUUCCACCACAUAUGAUAAAAGGUACCUUCCUUUUCCUUACAUUUCCAACAAACAUUUGAGCUUGUCCUAUACAUUUUUGCUAGUUUGGUCGGGGUUAAAUGCCAGCGAUACACCAUUUUCAUAUAAUUUUCUUUUAAUGUAUAGCACACAUACAGUUUGGGGGUGCCUGAUGGAAGCAUUUAAAUGAAUAAAAGUGCAGUGACUUUCCUCCCAGGACUGAAGGCCCCCCUCCCCAAUAUUCAGACUCAAGAGUGUGAUCCUGAGGCCAGUGGUAGUCUUGGCACUGUGCCUAGUGAACUGCCAAGUGGAAACUUUUAAGGUUCCAAGCGGAACCUUUUAAGGUUCCAAGUUUGCUUUUUUUAAAAAAAAAUGAAUUUCUCUGUUUCCU